GAGAAUUUCUUUCUUCCUUUAAGCAAAGGUUGAAACAACGAAAACAGCUGCGAGCACACACACACACGCACACAAAAAAGGGAGACAGGCACAGAGAGGAAGGGACGUAGCAAAGCGAGCUAUGUGGCAAGACAGAGUGGGAGGACGAGACUGAAACUGUGCGAGUAAUUUUUUUUCUCCUCCCCAUCGUAGCUAUCGUUUACCAACGUUUAGCUUCGAAUUCGUGUUUUUUUUCGUCCUGGAAACCGACAACGCAGCAGCUCGGCUCAGCAAAGAGAUAAUAAAAGAAAAAAGGCCAAAUUCCCAGACGACAGGGACGCGUCAGCUGUGUUUCACCUUCCCCAGUCAACAUUUUUCUGAUAGGAGGAAGGAAGUAGAGAGAGUCUACCAACCGGGGAGUCGAGACCGAGAAGGCAGCCUGACCCAGCGGAAAGAGAAACACAGAGGAGGGCAGAAAGAAGAGGCAGCAGUCGCCCAUUCAGCCAGCAGACGAAAUAGAGGAAGGAAGGAGAGUGACAGAGCGAGGCAGCGAGAUAAACCCCAUCUUUUUCGAGAGGGGAUUCUGGGUGGAAUGACCCCAUCAUGAUGCUACAGCUGUGCCACACCUCACGCCUGUGUGACCAAGGAGGGCGUGCCCGGCUAUCGGCCAAUCACAGAGGGAAUCCCAAUAGAGUUACCACCAACUUAGAGACAUUUCCCCUCAAGAGAUUCUUGCAUCACUGACGCUCACUUCUCACCCUGUGGUGUUUGCACUCCUGCCCCGCCUCCUUCGCCCCCUUCUCCCUCUGGAGUCCUUGCUGUUACCUGAUUACCUGUCUUGGGAUGUUGGCGUCAUUUCGUGGCAGCUGCCAUGGAGAUAGACGAGUUCCUUUAGUAGGCCAUUUCAGAAACAGCUUUCAGAUGUUGUCCCAGAAACAACUCGUCAACUCGGGAAGGAUCGGACAAGGACGGGCACAGAGGUGCUCUGCGGCUCAACUUCCCAAUUCACACUGUUCGACAUCACAGCAGGAACUAUAGGACUUCCUAUUCUUGUGGAACAUCUUGCUCGGCCCUCCUGGCUCUUGUGAGGUCCUAAUUGACCCUGUUGCACAAUAGUUAGUUAAGACUCUUGUCCCCCCCAGCAGCGAAACCAUGCGGCACAUUCAUGUGGAGUUAACCCACAAAAAGGCUCCACUAGAGCUUCCAGCACAGGAGGGGGACCUGCCUCCACCUACACCCCCAACACAGGGCCUAGACCCUGGGGUCAGACCAGGCGUGCCCAGGCAUUUUGGCCAGGAGGAGCUGAAGCUCCAAAAGGUCUACCAGCUCUCGAUUUUCUCCCAGUUGGGAGGAUUUUCUACCUCCACAGAAUCCCACACUGAUACUCAACAGAGGCCUGUACGGUUAGGUGUAAAAAGGGGGCUAGAGGAGCCUCAGUUGACUCAUAAGCGCCCCCACCUGGGGGACUCCUCAGACAGGGAGGUGUUGGAGGGAGGGGUGCUCUGUGGGCCAGCCCCAGCUCAAGGUGUGGGGAUGGGUUUGGCGUCCGGGCCCGGUGUACAUGGCUCCCUGUACUCUUGCAUACAGAUGGAGCACAGAGACUCAGAGGGGGGGCUGUCACCCAAGUCUCCACCUCUCUCCCCAAGCCACAACCCCUCCCGACGCCCAGCUCAGCACAAUCACGAUAGGCCCGUUCCUGAUGUGUUCGCCCCACUCUCGCCUAAAUCACCACCAAUGUGUGACCCACACGUGUAUCUCUGUGAGCAGGGCCAUUCCCUUGGAAGCUCAGCCAGAACUGAGCCACCUAACGGGGGCCGUACACCAACCCACUCUCUAGGUAGCCCUGGAAAUGACGGCUGUAGUAACGGGUCAUCUGGAGGGCAACCCAGCCCCCACUUGUACGAAAUGCCCACAUACGAAACUCCCAACCCUGCCAGUCCCACCAGUCCCCCAGGUCCCUUCUCGCCACCACACCACACCGAGCUGCAGGAGCCGGGGGAGGCCACAGAAUGGGACGCCGGGCUCGAAUCCUCGCCGCCCGAACGAAGCGCCACCCAGGCCGCCUCCACCUCCAAUGGCUUGGCCUCCUGGGAGAAAACCCCCAGCAGUAACGGACACCGUCUACUCUCUGGAGGCCACUGGCCCGCCAAAAAAAGACUGCUGUCCCCUAGUGACACGGGGGAGUCGUGCUCAGAAGAUGAGGGACCCUCCACGUCGAAGAGAAGUAGGCUGUCACUGCUGGCUCCGGGAAUCGGCCCAGCCUCGUGCCGUAGCACCGACUCGAAAGCUGCCCCUUACUGGAACCACCUCCUGCCGUCUGUGCGGGACCGGCCUAAGACUGCCACAGAUUGCACACGAUCAGGGAGGCGACUAAAGAAUGGGAUGCGACUGAAAAGCCGGCAGCUGCGCAGCGGCAGACACACAGACACCGGCCGCUCCACACGUUCCAGCUGGCCCUCGUCCUCCAUCAGCAGAUCACUACUCGGCAACUUUGAGGAGUCCAUCCUGAAGGGACGAUUCUCCCCAUCCGGUCGGAUUGAAGGCUUCACAGCGGAGAUCGGUGCCAGCGGCUCGUAUUGCCCGCAGCACGUCACGCUGCCUGUGCAGGUCACAUACUACGACAUCUCCGAACACAGCGCACCUUCGCCCUUCCUGGGGGUGAUAUCCCUUGAGCCUCUGGGAAAGAAAGGAUACAGCAUACCCAAAGCAGGGACCAUUCAAGUGACCUUAUUUAAUCCCAACAAAACUGUGGUGAAGAUGUUCCUGGUGACCUACAACUUUGGCGACAUGCCCGUCAAUCACAUGACCUUCCUGCGCCAUCGCAUCUUCCUGGUGCCAGUAGAAGAGGGGGUGGAGGGGAAAGGCGAAGCGUCUCCUGGGAGUGGGGUGGUAGACAGGAAGAAGAUUCUCUGCUACCUGAUACAUCUCAGAUUCCAGAGCUCCAAAUCUGGGAAGAUCUACUUGCACAACGAUAUCCGGCUGCUAUUCUCCCGUAAAUCCAUUGAAGUGGACACGGGGAUCCCGUAUGAGCUGAAAUCUUUCACCGAGGUGCCAAGAAACCCUAAAUACUCCCCCCGCGUGUAACCCCAGCCUGACGCUCCCGCCUCCCCCCACCCCCACCCCCCCCGAUGCCAACGCAGCAAACCUCCUGUGCUUCCUAGAGAGGAGGGAGGGAAACGGACGGACUGCUGGAACGAUGGACACAAAACUUGAUAAGACUUGAUGGGGACACACAGCAAGCACACGAGACACAUGUGCACACACGGUGCAGCACGGUGCAGCGUGGGUCUUUGAAAAAAUCCUCCUUUUUUAUGUAUUUACUCGGCUUAAAAACUCAAAUACUGAUGAAAAAAAAUGUCUCUGAGGCAAACAAGGCAUUCUUUGUAUCACUCUCCCAUAGAAAAUACGACAGAUGUUUAGUUAAUAGAUGUUAAUAGACUAUUGGUGCGUGGGCAGCCCAGCCAACAUUCAAUUAUAAAAGCAGGACUUUUUCAAGACCUUCAUCUGUACAAAGAAAGAAAGAACGAAAGGCACAAACACUGACACAUGCAUACACACCAAAACAGACUGACAAGACUCAUGCACAUGACAUACUACAAGUAUCACAGUACUCCUGGUGGCAACUCUCAUGAGUUCAGUGUUAACAUGCAUGCCUUGUGACUUAAACACCUGAAUUUUCCUCUAGUGCCGUAUCACACUGUCCUUCACUCUGCCUGCAGCUCCAACUGCCUCAUCGGACCAAUCAUUUUAACCCUGGAUUUAACGGAACGCUGCAAGUAAUGAUCCCACAUUAUAGGACGAUGCACACUUUGACGCCGUCUAACAAGCAGAGAGGAGAUGAGCAGACACAAACUCUAGUGAAGCCGAGGGGCUGAACUAGGAUCGGGCCGACCUGACCGGAUGUCUUACCAUAGAACGUAAUGCGAUUACUAAAAAAAUAACCAACACCUUACACGAUUUGACCAAACUCAGGACAUCUGCUGGCGAAUAAAGUUCUCUUUAUGUACUAUUUAACCUACCACGGUACAGACCACUGUGCACACAUGUCGUGAAAAAACAUGGGAAAUCCAGUUCAUUGUAUGUAGCCAGACUGAGGGACACUGUGCUGUUUUCUUUUAUUAAAAUUCUCUUUAUUUUUUUUAGACUCUGUCCAUAACAGUCGAGUUGUCGGAGCAGAAAUUGAAAAAAAAAGACGAAAAAAAGGAAAAAAAAGACGAGCUGUAGUAUUUUUAAUUUAUGUUUUUCGCAAAUGUCUUAAUAAGCAAUAUGCUGCACAAAGUAGAGUGUGUUUUUUCAGCUGGACAAGCUUUCUCCAUGGAGGGCGGAACAAAGGAAGCAAAGGAUUGAGAGUGAGGGAACAACUGGGAGGAGGGAGGGAGGGAGGGAUAACGAGGGAGGGAAGGGUGGUGGGGUAUUUAAUAUGGGGAAAAAAAAGUCUAUGUAUAUUUAAAACAAUAAACUCCGCGACUGGCGA